AGAAGACUCUUCCAAGUGACACUGUCACUACUUGGGAAGAUUGCAAGAGAGCUUUCCUAGAAAAGUUUUUCUCUACUUCAAGGACAGCUAAGAUCAGGAACGAAAUCUCCGGAUUUCAACAAAAAGGUCUAGAGAGCUUCAGUGAAGCAUGGGAAAGGUUCAAGGGUUAUUGGUCUCAGUGCCCUCAUCAUGGUUUCAGCAAGGAGAGCUUGCUUAGCACCUUCUAUAGAGGAGCCUUACCACAGUGCAGAAACAGGCUUGAUACUGCCAGCAAUGGUUUCUUCUUGGGGAGAACUGAAGAAGAAGCAGAGGAACUGGUGGAGAACAUGGCUAAGAGCGACUCAGUCUACAGCGAGGAGCAUGAUAGGGUCAACAGAAAUGAUGAUCAACAGACAAAGAGAGAGAUCAAGUCCCUGCAGGAGAAGAUGGACUUGCUUCUUUCUAACCAAGCUAAACAAGAGCAGGUCAACUUUGUGGGUGGUCCUAUUCAAGAGAUUCCUCCCAAGAUUAAUGAGGUUGAUGGUUUGGAAGGACAAGAAGAGCUGUGCUUCAUCAACAACAAUGGUUCUUGGUACAGGAAGGAACCUAACUUUCAGUACAACAACUACCAGCAAAAGUCCUACUCAAACAACCAGCAAGGAGGAUACCAGCAGAGGCAAAACACUCAGCAAGGGAGCUAUCAGCCUAGGCAAAACACCCCUCCUGGUUUCAACAAUAACAACAAUCAGUCUACUCAAGCUCAAGGAAGUUCUUCACAGGCUCCAGCUUCAGAUACAAGUGUGGAUGCAAUGUUCAAGAAACUUUUGGAUUUUCAGGCCAAGAAUGAGAAGACAAUGGGUUAUGAGUUCACGAAAAUUCACUCCAAGAUUGAUGGAAGUUACAAUGAGCUCAACAACAAGAUCCGCCAUUUGGAGAAUCAGUUUGCUUCAAUGAACUCUCAGCCAAGUCGCCAACAAGGGGCAUUACCUGGAAAGCCAGAGCAAAAUCCCAAGGAGACAAUGAAAGCCAUCACCCUUAGGAGUGGAAAACAGCUACCACCAAGAACUCUCAUUAGGGAUAAUGAGAAGCAAGAUGGGGAGGUGGUCAUCAAUGUGGAUGAUGAUGUAGUUAUUAUGGAUGAGAAGACCAAUGAAGAGAUCUUGGAGAAAAUAGUUGAAGCAAAAGGAAAGGGUAAAAUUGGAGAAGAAAAGAAGGGGGAGAACAAGAAUGAAGUUGCUACUUCAUCAAAAGAAGCUCUAUUCAAUCCUCCUCCCUAUGAACCAAAACUUCCUUUUCCCGGUAGAUUCAAGAGACAGCUUUUGGAGCAAUACAAGGCUUUAUUUGAGAAACAAAUGAGUGAAGUUCAGAUUACUAUGCCCAUAAUUGAUGCCUUCAUGCUAGUGCCUCAAUACAGCAAGUUCCUCAAGGAUGCUGUAACUAAGAAGAAGAAGGAGAUGGAAGGCAUGGUGGUUCUUACUCAUGAGUGUAGUGCUAUUAUCCAAAGGCUAACCAUCCCUAAGAAGCUUGAAGAUCCAGGAAGCUUUACUUUACCUUGUGCCAUUGGGCAAUUUACUUUUGAGAGGUGUCUAUGCGAUUUGGGAGCAAGUGUGAGCCUUAUGCCUCUCUCCAUUGCUAAAAGGCUUGGCUUUACACAAUACAAGAAGUGUAGACUCUCUCUUGUGCUAGCUGAUCGCUCAGUGAAGAUUCCCAUUGGUAUCCUAGAAGAUCUCCCUGUCAUGGAGCAGUUGUGA